AUGGCUUCUGCACUGCCUAUGUCGAAUGAAAAUUUGAGAUUUAAUGAUGCAGACAGUGAAAGUCAGAGUGAUAGUGAAGCUGAUAUUGAUGACAGUAACACUACAGGAAGUGUAUCAUCAUUUGAUCAAUCAGAAGAAGAAGAAGAUCUAAACACAGAGGCCAUAAGAGAAGAGUCAUCUUCUGGGACAUCACCAGGUGAGUUUGAAAUCAGUGAAGAGAAGCCUUCAAAUGUUGAAGUUACAGAUGCUGGAAGUUGUGAUUUAGAAAAUUCAGGAUCAAAUUUAUUGGUAAAUAAAAUUAUUCUGAAGAAGCUCUCAGAACUUAUUUGGAAUACUCUAUCAAAAUCUUCCAAUAGAAGCUUACUUAAAGACUUUGUUGAGUCUGAGUAUUUUUUGAUUGAUGGAGAUUCAUUGUUCAUCACUUGUUUUAAGAAUAUGACUCUGAAAGAAGGACAAACUCUCCACUUCUUCUACAUUGUUGAACAAUUUCUGCAUGAUUUCAUUCAGAAGGAAGCUAACUUUAUAAUUGUUUUCUUUAAGGAUGCAGAAAAUUUAUAUUUUGAUUUUCCUGAACUUCUGGUCCUUCGCACCACACUGAUACAACAUUUAGAAUGCAAUACUGAUGUUACUGUUCACACAAAAUUUUCCAAUUGUUUGACACAAGAAUGGGAACAAUUUCUUAUAGAUUUUCAUCCAUAUUUCUUAGUUGUGUCAGACACGGGAAUAACGUCAGACCAAACAGACUUUUUAAACAUUUUUAUUCUUCAUGCUCUUCAGAAGAAAAUCGAUAUUGUACUGCCUUUCGGAAUGGAAUCAGAUGUCCUUAGAAUUUAUGGAUUUUAUGCCUCAAGUAAAUAUUCCCACACAGUAUUUUUUGAAAAGUUGAAGCACUGUGCAUUUUUCAUACUAAAACAAAUAAAAAAUAGCAAUAAUUGGAAUAUUAAUUUUGCUGGUCUGCCUGAUCUAACUGAUGAUAUUUUAUGGAAAAAUAUUGCUUAUUAUUAUGAAAUUGAACAUGAAAGAGGUACAAAUUUGGAAUUAGGUGACACUUUGACACAAGAAUAUGAGAAGUUGUGGAACACAGUUUUAACACUGUCUCAAGAUGGUGGUUUUGGAGGAUACAUUCCCAUAAGGACAACAGCCAGACCCUUUCUUGUAGAGAACAAGAAAUCAUCUGAAGAUAACUUCAAGGGUACCAAACAAAGACUGGAAGCAGAGGAAUUACGUAACUUUUAUAACACUUUUGGAAAACCUUUGAUAGGAAGUAAUGGAUCAGUUCAGAGUAGGACAAAUGCAAAAAAAUCUAUUGAAGAAAGUCAAGAGAGGCAGUUAUCCAAAACAGAAAAAACAGACAAAAAGAGAUGGAAAAACUUGUCCAUACGUAUUACAAAGAAAAUUUCAAAAAAUCCUAAUAUUGGCAUAAAAGAAUUAGAAGAUUUUCUCAAAACAUGCUCUCAUGAAUCUGUAAAAUUUGUUGCAGAAAUGGUAGGGUUGGAUGCCUGUUUCAAAUUCUGGAUGGAGUACUGUUCAAAACAAGGAGCAGAGUCCAAAGAUAUAAGCAUAGUAAUUAAUAUAAUGAAAAGAAUUCAUAUAAUACAUGAAAAAUAUUCGGACCGAUUACAAAAUACUCAUCGACAAAAAAUAGCCAAAUAUCUAAAAUAUAUUGGAUUUGACAACCUAGCACAUUCAUUAUGUCCUCAGCAGGACAUUUCUAAAUAUUCCAUUCACAUGGGAGCAGCACGGUUUCAGUUAACACACAUGGGCCCUUAUUUAUCUCGAGAAGAAAGAAAGGACCCAGAUCCCAGGGUACAGCAUUUCAUACCAGACACAUGGCAGCGCGAACUUCUUGAUGCUGUAGAUAAUAAUGAAUCUGCUGUGAUUGUUGCUCCGACCUCAUCAGGGAAAACCUAUGCUUCUUACUACUGCAUGGAGAAGGUCCUGAGAGAGGACGAUGAAGGGGUAGUUGUGUAUGUGGCUCCAACAAAGGCUCUUGUAAACCAAGUGGUAGGAACUGUCUGCAGCUCAUUUACCAAGGCAUUGCCUGAAGGACGAGCGGUGUAUGGGGUUUUUACAAGAGAUUAUCGCCAUGAUGUCUUGAAUUGCCAGAUAUUGGUGACAGUGCCUCAGUGUUUGGAAAUACUCUUGCUCUCUCCUCAUAAUCAAAAGUGGACGAAAAGGAUCAGAUAUGUCAUAUUUGAUGAGGUUCACUGCCUUGGAGGAGAAAUUGGAGCAGAAGUUUGGGAGCAUCUUCUUGUUAUGAUUCGGUGUCCCUUUCUGGCACUUUCUGCUACUAUCAGUAAUCCUGAACAUCUCACAGAAUGGCUGGCAUUAACUAAGAGAUAUUGGCAACAUAUUGAGUUCACAAUGGAAAAUUCUGGUUCAUCACAAAACGCCUUGAAAGAAUCAAAGAAACAAGGAAAAAGAAUCGAGAAGUCGUCAUACAGAGUUAGAUUAGUGUGGCACAAAGAAAGAUACAGCGAUCUAGAAAAGUAUGUGUGCUCCCUCAAGGAUAAUGACUUUGUCAUUGAAUACUAUCACCCAUGCGCUGCACUUACAGUCAAUCAUAUAAGGAAAUAUGGAAUUCCUUUAGACCUUGAAUUUUCUCCUCGAGAAAGUAUUAUGCUUUUUGAUGCUAUGGUACAUGUUUGGCCAGAAUGUCCAGGAAUGCAGAAAUUCGAACCUGAAGAAUUUAGCUUCUUCAAAAAUAAAUUAUUCAUCACGAGGGCAGAUGCCAAGAAAUACGAAAAGGAACUGAAAAAGGAAAUCACUCAGUGGAUUAAGUUGGACCCAAGCAAGGUGAGUGAGGUGCUGAAUUUCUUUAAACCUAAAAUACUUGACAGUCCAGAAAGUGAAAAUCAAGAAAUGUUUCCGAAUUUUGUGGAAAAACUUAAUAAAAUGAACAAACUGCCUGCAAUAUUUUUUGCUACUAGAAGUCAAAGACCAAUUGCAAAUAUUGAGGCUGAAAUAAAGUUACUAGAGAGAACCCUUCAAAAGCACACUGUAGAUUGUACUUAUGCUGAUCAUACAAUUGUGGAUAAUGAGACUUUAAACAAGAUAUUAUACAGACUGAAAACAACUAGACAAGGCUAUAAAUUGGAAGGACUAUUAAAACGAGGCAUUGGAUUUCAUCAUGGGCCAAUGGAAUACAAAAAACGACAAGUGGUCGAAACACUCUUCAGGCUGAGGCAUGUCCAGGUGGUAACAGCUACCUCAAGCCUUGCAUUGGGAAUUAAUAUGCCAUGUAAAUCUGUUGUUUUUACAGAAGAUUCUGUUUAUCUGGAUGCUUUGAACUUUAGACAGAUGUCUGGACGUGCAGGGAGACGCGGAGAAGACCUUACAGGAAAUGUGUUCUUCUAUGGUAUUCCAUUACCUAAGAUUGAAAGACUCUUAAAAUCUAACAUGCCCAAACUGAAGGGUCAAUUUCCUCUAAAAUUAUCAUUGGUUCUCAGACUUAUGCUGCUUGUGGCCAAAGCAGAGGACACAGAGGAUGCCAAAGCAAAGGCAUUAUCAGUCCUCCAACAUUCAUUGAUAUCCUUCAAGCAACCAAAGAUCAUUUGCAUGAUAAAAUUUUAUUUUAUAUAUUCCUUGCAAUUAUUGAUCACAGAGGGAUACCUGAAUCAAGAAUGUAUUCCCAUUGGAUAUUCUGGAUUGGUGUCUCAUUUACAUUAUCAUGAACCUGCAAACUUUGUUUUUGUAAGUUUCCUGAGGAAAGGUUUAUUUCACAAGUUGUGUACUCCACACACACGAAAGGGUUAUAAGACUUUUUCUAACGAUGUGAUGAAGACCCUAGUGAUUGUGCUAGCACAUCUUUUUGGAAGAAAAUAUUUUCCUCCAAGUGUGAAUGAACGUGGAAAGAAGACUCCUGAUCCACUGGUAAUACUAGAUGAUCUUCCACAGGAUUUUGCUGCAGUACUACAGGAAUAUAAUAACAAAAUUAAAAAUAAUUUUGUUUCCUUCUUCCUAACAAGUUCAAAAUUGGCUGACAUGAGGAAAGAAUGUCAGUUACCUCUCUCAGAAAUUGAAUUUUCAGGUAAGGAAUGUGAAGACUCAAAACUGGUCUCUCAUUUGAUGCCUGGAACUGAGAGCAGAACUGCUAUUUCUCCAUUUGCUUGCUUGUCCAAUAUAACAGAUCAAGAUUUAAAUGAUACCAACGUGAUACGUGAUGCUAUGUUACGAACAAUUAAUGUGAGUAUUAGUAAUGCUCCAUUUCUUCACUUGGAUAAAUAUGAUAAGACUGGAAGGAAGUAUCCACUAAAAGCUUAUAUUUUGAACUUCUACGUGAAUGAAUCUCUCUCAGCACUGACUUCAGAUACUUGGUUAAAUGAGGGAGAUGCUUUUAAUUUAAUCAGAGACUUCGUACUUGUUCUUCAGUCCAUCAGGUAUUCACUACGUGAAUUAUGCGAUGACAAAGAUGACAAUGUUGUACUGGCAUUUCAACAACUGAGUGAAGCAUUCAAAAAAAAAUUUUGGAAAAGAGAAUACUGA